CAGCCGCAGGAACAGGGGGGCAGGCGAAGGAGGGGACAUAGGAGGAAAGGGGAGAUCAUGUAAUGUAACCCAGGGCCAGGGCUGGCAGGGGACGGACUCGGUCACAGGCUGAGGCGCUGAGUUCCUGUGUCCCGUAUUGUCUCUUCCACAAGUUAUUAGAUGCCAGCUUCUGUUUCCCCGACACUCGCUGUCCCUGGCCACACAGUGACGCGCUGCGUGUGAGCGCUCAGUCAGUGCGGGUCACGGUGAUUUUACCUUUUUUAACUUUUGAACAAUUCUUCCUCGUUGGAGAGACCGCUGCGUUCUGUUCGCAUCAUGGGGGCUCGCAUGCUGUUCCGGGCGGUGAUCAUGGGCCCUCCUGGCUCCGGGAAAGGGACAAUCUCCGACAGGAUAGUGAAACACUUCGCCCUCAAGCACCUGUCCAGCGGGGAUCUGCUGAGGAUGAAUAUCCAGAGGAAUACCGAAAUUGGUGUUGUUGCAAAGUCUUACAUAGACCAAGGUCAGCUAGUUCCAGAUGAUGUGAUUACCCGACUUAUCCUACAAGAGCUAAACAACAUGGGAGAACACUGGCUGCUAGAUGGUUUUCCGAGAACUGUACCACAAGCACAAGAGCUUGAUAAGGCUUUUCAGAUAAACACGGUCAUUGACUUGAAUGUGCCAUUCCAGACCAUUAAGGAUCGUCUUACUGCACGAUGGAUCCAUCCAGGCAGUGGCAGAGUAUAUAACACAGAUUUUAAUCCACCCAAAGUCACAGGAAUUGAUGAUCUUACUGGGGAAUCUUUAAUUCAGCGUGAAGAUGACAAGCCAGAAACUGUGAUCAAGAGACUCAAAGCUUAUGAGGCCCUCACUAGGCCUGUAUUGGAAUAUUAUAAAAACAAGGGUGUGUUGGAAACUUUUUCAGGGACAGAGACCAACAAGAUCUGGCCACUUGUCCACUCUUUCCUGCACACAAAGCUGCCUGAUGUGAUCCAGAAGUAGAGAUAGAAGGAGAACCGCGAAACCUGGACUACAGUUUGUGUGCCAUUCGACAAGAAUUGUUUUAUUAUUUUUGUCUCAUGUUAUUUUAUGUGUUUGCUAUUUUACAGACAGCCUUUUACAAAAAAAAUCUUAGCGCUGGGAUCUCCGAUAUUUUAAUAGCUGCUGACAGACAAUAUUUUUAAUGUGGUUCCUGAAAUUGUGAAAAAAAGAAACUAUUUUUAAAGUGGUAAACAAAAAAAAUCUGAGAAUUGAAAAAAGUUUUUGGAAAUUAGGUUAUUUUAAAUUCUUUACAGAAUUGUGUAUUUUAGUCUAUAUAGCUUUGUUUAUCAGUUUUUGUUCUGGUUCCAUUAUCAAAAGUACUGUAGGUGAUUAUUUUAUUUUUAUUUUUUUAAUGUGUGCUUUCCCAUUGUAAGAAGUUUGUCAGUGUAUGAUAACUGCUGGAAGCUUGUACUUAAACUAAAUGAGCACUCUUGUAGCCUGUAUUAAUUUGGUUAUUACACCAAAUGACAGAAAAACUCAACCUUCAUGCAGUGCUUUGUUUUUGUCUGAAGGUUUUUCACUGUCAUUUUGUCAUUCUUAGGAGAAAACUAAUUGCAUAUGGUGUUAUAUGUAAAUCAUGAGUGCUCUAAAACGGAAUGACGACCAUUUUAUGAAUGAUUUAAGAGGACCUGUUGGGUUUGCACUGAUUUAAUGGACAUAUUCUUGUCUAAAAAUUAGAUUGUUACUUUCUGUCUCCACUGGCCAGCAACCAGGUUUUAUUUUCUGUGCCAGUUAAGCUGACUUAUAUAGGUAGAUACUUGCUCAGCAGUAAAGUCUCUCUGCAUUGAAUUAUUAUUAUUAUUUUUAUGCCAGGGGUUCACAACCAUGAUCCUCAGGGCACACUAAUACCCCUUUUAGACUGAAAUGACGGGUUGCCCAGGAAUUUGUACACUGGUCAAACCUGGCUUUGAUUCCCGGGUCACUGGACCCAGGUUGACCAUUUUCCACUGAGCUGCUGCUGGGUUGUCACUGCAAUAACCGGGGUUUUUAGCAGCAGUGGAAAGGGGUUUAACGAUUCAAGUUUUAAAGAUAGCCGCAGGUGGCUUAAUUAGUACCUGUUAUUUUGAUUUCAUUAUCUGUGCUCUAGCAUGGAUAUCACUAAAACCUGCACUGUUAAUGUGCCUUGAGUACUGAGGUUGGUAAACACUGUUCUGUGGGAACAAACCACAAUAUAAAAUUCAUGCAUUAUAAAUACAAGUAAGUCCAAUAUAACUAAGCGAAAACCUUGUUCAGUGGGUACUACUUACUGCCGCCUACUCUUGGAACGUGACAUUAUUACCUGUGUUUUUUUUAUUUUAUUUUUUUUAUUUAAAUCCUUUAAACAAUUAAGUGUGUAUGCACUUGUCGAAGCCAGGUCCCGUCUCUAACGAGAUCGCUGGGUACUCACAUUGUGGGACAUGUACUAAGCAGUGAUAAAAGUGGAGAAGUGGCCAACGGCAACCAAUUAGCUGCUCUGUAUACUUUUAAAGUAUGCAAAUUAUAAAUGUUACGUCAAUGCUGAUUGGUUGCCAUGGGCAACUUUUCCACUGGCUCACUUCUCCGCUUUUAUCACUGCUUAGUACAUGUUCCCCAUUGUGUAGUGUGUACCCAGCUUUACAGUUCAGGUUUUAGUGAUAUCCAGGCUUCAGCAAAGAUGGUUAAAUAAAAAUAACUAAGGUACUAAUUAAGUCACCUGUGCUCAAGCACGGAUAUCACUAAAACCUGGACUGCUAGUGUGCCAUGAAGACUGAGGUUGGGAAUGCCUGAUGUAGGCUAUAUCCUUAUAUAGAGGAUUACAUGUACAGUAACCAAUCUGAUCUAAUUAAGUCAAAGCCAUUGUCCUUUUUUCAUUUUCUAUUACAGCUAGUGAAUGAGUAGCUCUUAUUUUGUAUAUGCUAUUUUUUAAAACCUGUUUGAUGCAAAUUGCAGACCAACAGCAAGUACAUUGCAAGAAAUGGCAGUGCUACAAGUUAUCUUGCACCAUAUGAUUAGCUAUUUACUUUCAUGAAGAAUGAUCAGCCUUUGAUUUCUACAUAUUGGACCCAAGUUACAGAAGAUAAACAUGAGCUGCGUUUUCUAGUUAUUAAAAUAUACAUUGAUUGGAUUCUAGUUUGAGCAGAUACACUACAUUUGUACAGUACUACAGUCAUUACCUCAUACACACACCAGCCAGAAGCCCAUGAGCAUACUUAAAACUACCUCAUUUGCUGCUGCUGUGAGUUGUCUUACCCUGGAAAGGUUACCUAUAUAUGUAUAUGUCCAUUUCUUUUGUGGCUGGUAUAUAUUGUUAUGUAGAGGUACAAAAACCAAGCACAUAUUAAAAUACCAUCUAAAGUACAUUAGUCAUUGUGCAACAUGAACCUUUUAGUGUUUGAUAAACAAACUGAUUUAAUGGUGUUGCUAGAGUGUUUAUAUUAGGGACCAGAAGCAGCUGCAAAUUUCCCAUUAGGCACGUGCCUAGGGGCAGCACUUGGAUGCCUGUAUUGGCACAGUGGAGCCUGAAAUAUACCAGUAACUGCAGAAUAUUUCCACUGUACUCUACCAUAUGCCAUCUUGAAUGGAGUGUAAACAUACUGUUCCUGUAAGCUGUUUCGCUGAGUAAAUACAGAUGUGUCAUCUUACAUCUUUUCUCGGUGUGCUACAAGUCGCAUUACACAACGCGUGAGCGCCGUGUGACUCGGUAGUGCCGUACGUCUUUUUAUUCUGUUUGGUAUUGUGUGGGUUUUUUUCGCUAAAAUGCGUCUUAGGCUCUGGCCACACGUAGCAGCCAAGCGGCACCCGCAUAUCAUUAAAAUGAUAUGCAUCCUAUAUUCUGUUUGUGACUGCGACUGUAUUUGCAUACAAAAUGCUAUGCUACAGUGUUUUCAUGGAAAACAUGCGGCUCCAUGGCAUCAUUAACGACAUCCCUAGAUUGGCCUGCAUGUACAGACAUCUGUUGAUGUGGUUAAAGACCCGCGUGCAUUGUUAACAAUGUAGUGCGUAAACACUGAAUGAUUUUAACAAUAUAUUUCAAUACAUAUGGAUCAGGCACAUCGUUCAGGAUACUACAUGGUUAUUUAACCUGCGGUCCUCCAGCUGCUGUGGAACUACACAUCCCAUCAUGCGCUGCCAUAGUUCUGCUAUUAAGGCAUGCUAAAACUUAGGCAGGGCAUGCUGGGAUGUGUAGUUCCACAGCAGCUGGAGGGCUGCAGGUUGAAGACCUAUGGUAUAGUGCAAAUGCUCUAAAACGCGGUCCUCAAGGCACCCCAGCAGUCCAGGUUUUAAGUAUAUCCAUGCUUUGCCACAUGUGGCUUAAUUAUCACCUCAGUCAAUUUGAUUUAACCAUCUGUGCUGAGCCAUGGAUAUACCUAAAACCUGGACCGUUAGGGUGUCUUGAGGACCAUGUUUGAGAAUCUCUGGUAUAGUGUGUACCCAGCUUAAGUGUAAAAGGGGUAUUAGUCAAAUAUAGAGAGAGGCAAUCAUGGGACCGCCUCUCGGGAUCCCAGCAAUCACAAUGCUGAUGCCUGGACUCCCUACAGGAGGUGAAAUGCCACCGCCGGAACACCGGCGCCACAGGCUUUUCUCCCUCUGUGGGUGUCCACCCAUAGAGGGAGAAUAGAUCCUAUAGCGAGCCACCAUGCCCGCAAGGGGCUAUCUAGCGCUCGCCCACUGCUGGCAUACUGGUGGCCGGGAUCAUCACAGCCACAUAAUUAUAUUUAAAGCGCAACGGAAUUUGCUGCGCUAUAUAAGAAACUAUAAAUACAUUUUAUUAUAUUUUUAUAUAUAUAUAUAUAUAUAUAUAUAUAUAUAUAUAUAUACAUACAUACAUCUCUCUCUCACACACACACACACACACACACACACACACACACACACACACACACACACGAGAAUGAGGCGGCACUCGGAGACUAUCAAACAGCAUAACCAUGUAUUGGUGCAAUCAACGUUUCGGGGACCAACUCCCCUCCGACAGGAUAAAUGCAUUUGUGAAAAUACAGUAUGUAUAAUAUAUUUUAAUAUGUGUGUUAAUUAUUCCACUUUAUGGUUCCUGUUCUGCCAUGUGCCGUGUGGCCAACCUUUUUCACCACCUGAAAUUGCUGCUGCAUUUGCUAUGGAUGUUAACUAUUGCUAAUUGGGGUACUAUUUAAAAAUGCAAUUUCUUAUUGCCAUCUAGCUUCUUGGCAGUAGACCUAAAACUGGAUAUUAAACCAAACAUUAUAUUGAAAUAUGUUACUUAUAAAUACAUGUUAUGGUUGCAGACAGUAACAUGGUUUUGUUAAAUAGAUGUACUUAAAUUGGUAUAGAUGACCUAAUUGCUUUUCAGUCUAUAAACCAGUUUCCAUGCACUUAUGUGGCUCAUCUUCUGAACCACUUCCUGCUUUCAUCAGUGGCCCAUUAAGAAGCGGUUAGUACUCACAUUCAGUUUCAUCUAUUAUAAAAUACUUAUAAGCAGUGAUUUAAGUAUUUGCCUUUCAAUUUGGAGAAUAUGGAAAAACUUCAAAUCAAUCGUUUUUGCGCUGUGAAUGUCCAUAAUGAAUGUAAAAGAUUUAGAUGGUCUAGGAGACAGAGUAUAGCAUGAUUCACUCAUGUUUAUCUUUCUAUAAAACUAUUUUGUGUGUCAUACCUACUAAAAUAGGAAAAAAAAGGUACGAAAAGUUCUUUCACUUUUACUAUUCUUUGAAUGUUUGUAUGAAAAGUUUUGUGCCUUCACUUGAAAUGCAUGAAAGCUCAUCUACAGAUAAACGGCAACACAAGAAACAGUUUACAGCUGUAUCACUCAAUAAAACACAUUUGCUGUUUGCUCUGGA